CACUUUGUCUACAAUUAAAUUGUUCAUCAUCCUGUUGGGAAUUUGCAAGAAUGGCUGCGAGAAGGUUUUACGACCUGACAGCUAAGCUUAUAUCUGGAGAAACAUUGAGGUUUUCUGACCUGAAGGGGAAAGUUGUUCUUAUUGAAAAUGUAGCGUCUCUCUGAGGAACAACUGUCAGGGACUACACUCAGAUGAACGAGCUUCACUCUCGGUACUCUGCCGGGGGACUCUUUAUCCUGGGUGUACCCUGCAAUCAGUUUGGGUAUCAGGAGAAUGACAACAAUGAUGAAAUCCUAAAAUCUCUUAAGUAUGUUCGUCCAGGGAAUGGCUUUGAACCAAAUUUCCAGCUUCUCGAGAAGAUGGAUGUGAAUGGAAAGGACGCCCACCCCUUGUUUGUAUACUUAAAGGAAAAGCUCCCAUCCCCCAGUGACGAUGCCGUGGCUCUCAUGAAUGAUCCAAAGUUCAUCGUUUGGAGUCCUGUCACUCGGAACGACAUCUCCUGGAACUUUGAGAAGUUCCUGAUCAGUUCUGAUGGGGAACCCUACAAGCGCUACAGCAGGCAUUUCCUCACCAUUGACAUUGAGGCAGAUAUUAAAAAGCUACUAAAGAGGGUCAAGUAAAGUGUGUCAUGACAUCCAGGGUGGUGGAACAGAUAGGUUAUCACUUAUGACCAGCCUGACCAAAAAGAGUCAUAGUCAUACAUGUGUUUUGAGUAUUUUAUCUUAUCAUGGUUUCACAGAUAAAGCAGCACUCCAAUGUGACAUUUCUUGUGCAGUACACUGUGGUUGUUCAGCCUAUUUACUCAAUGAUGACACUCCUUGAAAACGUUUUUUGUAAGGGGAGUUUCUGAUAAAUAUGUAAAAGCCUGACCCUACCACUGUGUAGGCAGUAACUCAUAUCACACUGGAAAGACUUAAAUUGGAGAGAAUAAACCAUUUGUGUCA